UUUUCGGAAUUAUGCAUAAAAAAACCAAAGGGAGUACAGUUCUUAGGACGCAGGAAAGUUUUCCGCAGACAAAUGUUUGCCGCUUUUCUUCUUCUCCAUGACCGAGUCCGCUUAGAAACUCCCCUAAACUGAGCCGCGGGCGCACGGCGGGCUGCACACUCCGACCGAGAACAAGGGCACCGAAGAGGCGCUUCACCGAGUAACUGAGGAAGAGGAGAGGGAGUGAGAGAGAGACUGAGAUAGAGAUCCUAUCUCACUCUCCCAGUUGAGGUUUUCAGCGGAUCGCUUCCAGCGUCUCGCAACUGCAGGACAAUGUCUAGUAAAGCGACUUUAGCAUUAUUCAUCUAUGGAAUCAUAAUGCACUACAGCGUCAGCAGCUCACCUGUGGGGCUUAGCUUUCCCAGUAUUAGACUUGACAGCGAUGUUUAUGAUGAGGAUGGCAAUUUACCGUCCCUGGAUUAUGACCGAGAUCAAAUGGACGCGAGAAGCGCUCCGUCUGUCGCUGACGACGUCUACACUUUGUACUACCCUGCGGAAAAAAGAACGGAAAGACAUGCAGACGGAAUGUUUAAUAAAGCCUACAGGAAAGCGCUGGGUCAGUUAUCAGCAAGGAAAUACCUUCAUUCUCUGAUGGCAAAACGUGUAGGUGGGGGGAAACGUUGGAUGACAGCUCAGAGCCCCUCUCCAAGCGGACACUCAGAUGGGAUCUUCCAAGACAGCUACAGCCGCUACAGAAAGCAAAUGGCAGUCAAGAAAUACCUGGCAGCGUCCUUGGGAAAAGCCUUGAACGACAUAGGUUUUCACCAUAUCCUACAAGAAAUAGACUUUGAUGCCCUCCCGGACGGGGAUGAGUUUGAGGCCUUUUUUGGUGGAGAAUGGCCUGAAACAGUCUCUCCGAAUUUCCGGUGAGUUUUCAGGCUCUUUCCUGAGGCCAUGUCCUUGCAGGGGCUUCUUAUGGUCCCUCUUUUUUUUCUCACCUUCAACCCUUGUUUCAAACACUCAAAACCAACUCUUCUUCCACCUCAUCUGUGCUCCUGUCUCUCUGGACUCUCACAGAUUUUACCUUAAUCCCACUUGUCUAUCCACGAGCAUACAGGCUGACUGUGGAGAGACUUUGGCUUUUUGCAUAUCAUUAAAGAAAAAAGCAAAUUUAGUUGGCU